UUUACCCGAGACAGAGAUUGAAGAAGAUAAGCUGGCCGCCGAGCUGAGCUGAGCUAACCAUCAGGGUAGUAUUCAAUUCCUCUCAAACGACAUCGUCACCGUCGCUCCCGACCCCGAAAUUCGACGGCAUUCUGGUCUUCCAGUGAGAUCCACGGCGCACCCUGAUGGCUGUGUCCGACGCGGUGGUCGGGAACCUGACGACGAUUUACGUGGCUGCGAUCGCGGCGGUAAAGGCGUUCGGCUUCGCCUCCGGGAGGAACUUCGGUGGGGCGUUCGUCCUGAUCGCCGCCACGGCCCUCGUAGGGCUCAUCCUGAUCGGGACCCUGACUUGGGACGUCUCCCACAAGGCCAAGCACGCCGUCCUGAGGGAUCACGUCCACGAGAUGUGCAAGGGCGGAAUCUGCUGGCACGGCGUCGCCGUCAAGUCCCCCGCCUCCCAGGUCCGGUUCCGCCUUCCCCCGCAGCAGCAGCAGCAGCAGAACGGGGACGGGGGGGGCGGAGGGGCCCAGCGACAUUGAAAAAGCUACUAGGCAGAGAGAUUCCGGUAUAUUACCCGACCGCCUCUGCAUUUUGUAGAAAUUAUGGUACGGUUCUUCGAUUCUGAGGAAUUCACAGUUGACCUGCUGAGAGUUAGAGUCGUGUUGGGAGCUGAAUUUCCGAUUUGGGUGGUUCCUUUGAUUACUCAACACUCAUUUUGUCGGAAUGACGGUACGGUUGUUCAUUCUCUUCAUCUGCAAGAAUUGUUAAUGAGAUUCAGUCGAAUCAUGACUGUGUCUGUUCAAUUCUAUCGGUGUCAGUGUCCUAACAACUACAAGCUCCGAGGUAGAGCCAUUGUCGUUGUUUUUCAGAGUUCGAAGGUGUUCCUGUAGUCAAAAUGAGAUCAGGGGAAGGGGGAUAUCCGUGUGAAAAUAUGUUGUAAAAAUUACAGGUUUUUUUUUUUUCAUAGUCAGUUAGAUGCAAAGUCUCUGCCGAAGUGGGUGAUCUGCUGCUUUCGUCAAAGCUUAAGUUUGCCAUUGCCAGAAGACAUUGAGGUGUGUGCUUGCAUCUUCUUCUUGCUCAUGUUUUGCCUUACUGAAUACUUUAUGUAUAAAUUAUAGUGUUAGAUAUCAAAUACUGCCUUCUGUGGCUUGUCUUGUCUGUUACAUAAAUAAAUGAAAGAAUACAACUUUGAUUUCAAUAUUAUUCGCACGUAUACGAA